AUGCGGUCUCAGCAUGUCGAGCACAACCACAGCGUGGCCCUCCACGAGGAACCCUUUGGGACCUUCUCCAAUGCGUUGAAAAGUCACACUCCAUCGUACUGCGAUGAGUCCCUGUUUGGCACCAAGCGGGAAGAUCCGGCCUGGGCAGCUUCUUGGAUGAAGAGAGAAGAUGUAGCCAAACUCCGUCCGCUGCUCUGGAGCCCCUCGUCCGCCCCCCGGCACCAGCCCGGCCUUUCCUCCCGCUCCAAGGAGACGCCCUUAAGAGCCAUCCACCCACAAGCUCCGGCAUCCCUGGCGCUAGGAGACCUCAGCACAGAGGGUAGGGGCAAAUCCUACAUCUGGAGACGACGCGAGAGCGGUUUGGACUCUGAGGGCUGGGGUGCUCCCAACAGAGGACGUUCCCAGUCCCUCACCCGGCUGAAUGCAGGCAACACCAAGACAGAAAAGCAUAAAAAUCAGUGCCCUGCAACAGCCCCUGCAACACCGCGCAGCUCUCUGAUGAGGGUCCGGUCUAGCAGUGUGUCUGCACCUUCGUUCACCAGGAACUCCAAGGCAGCGGGUGUUUGCAAACCCAGACCUCCCUGGAAGUAA